AUGCAUUGAGUGCCCCCCCCCUGAAAAUAAGGUGAAAUCAUGUCGGGACCUUGUGGCUUCAUGGAAAAGACCCAAGACCUCCUUUUCCCAACUCUGGCUUUAGUUUGAGGAAGAAGGUAGACUGGAUGGACUCCCUCCGAAGCCUACAUUGCUACCUGUGGCUUUAAUGAGGGAACGCUGAGGGCUCCUUUCACGCAGUGUCACCUGGUCUUGUAGAAAUUUGCCUGAUGCACCCUCUCGAUGUGGUGAAAACCAGGUUCCAGAUUCAGGGAGGCGUGACUGAUCUCCACCGUUACAAAAGCUUAGGAGACAGUUUUCGAGUGAUUUUCCGAACAGAAGGACUGCUUGGCUUUUACAAGGGGAUUCUGCCCCCUAUCCUUGCUGAAACACCAAAAAGAGCAGUGAAGUUUUUCACCUUUGAGCAGUACAAGAAAUUGCUGGGUUACAUGCCACUGUCGCCAGCUUUGACAUUUGCCAUCGCCGGACUGGGAUCUGGACUAACAGAAGCCAUCGUGGUCAACCCUUUUGAGGUAGUCAAAGUUGGCUUGCAAGCCAAUCGGAACUCAUUUGCAGAGCAACCAUCCACCCUGGGAUAUGCAAGAGGAAUCAUUAAGAAAGAAGGCUUCGGGCUCCGGGGCCUCAACAAAGGGUUUACAGCGACUCUGGGACGUCAUGGGGUUUUCAACAUGGUUUAUUUUGGCUUCUACUUCAAUGUCAAAACCAUUAUCCCUGUCCACCAGGAUCCAACCUUGGAGCUUUUGCGAAAGUUUGGGAUCGGUCUUCUCUCCGGGACAAUAGCAUCAGUCACUAACAUCCCGUUUGAUGUUGCCAAAAGUAGGAUUCAAGGGCCCCAGCCAGUUCCUGGACAGAUCAAAUACAGAACCUGUUUUAAAACAAUAGCCACCAUCUACCAGGAAGAAGGGUUUUUUGCUUUGUACAAGGGUCUGAUUCCCAAGAUCAUGAGACUUGGACCAGGUGGUGCAGUGAUGCUGCUGGUUUAUGAAUACACCUAUUCAUGGCUUCAGGAGAACUGGUGAUUGCCUACCCAGUGUUUUCCACCCCCCUUGAGAGAAUGGGUAUUUGCUAAGCAGCACCAUGGGAGGAAAGCACACUGGUCAGUCAAGCUGGGCAUACAAUCAUAAAGGGGGAAGCCGUGUAGAUGAAGAACCAAACAGAUUCUGCUACUUUCAAAAUCUCUCUCGAUCCAGUAAAACUGCAGUUCUGGCUGUAUGCAUAAAGCUGUGUGGAAUAAAAAUAAUACAAAGCAAUGAGGUAUAUAAAUUGAAUAAACAAAAAGCAUAGAAAUCAGAUGUCUAAUAAAAGUAGUAUAAGCUUUGUCACAUAUGUUCCUCCUGCAUUUUUUCCACAAUUAAAGUUAUUCAUUGUAUUGAUGA